UUGGAUGUGCACUUAUAAACAAUGAGUUGGCAGAUUCGUACCAGUGGGUUUUACAUCAGACAAAACAAGCUACUAGAGGCUAUGUACUUGCUGUUAUUAUGACCGUUGCUGAUCCGGCUUUAAAUCUUGCAAUCUCCAAGGAGUAUGAACAAUCUUAUUUGAUUAAGAAAUAUAACGAGCCUAGAGUAGUAAAGUAUCUAAAAACAUUAUAUUCUUCAAAAAAAGCAUGGGUAUGUGCUUAUACUACAAAGAUCUUUACUGCUGGUAUACAAUUAAUGCCUCGUGUUGAGAGUUACAACACUCAAGUCAAAAGGCUGGUUUUAAACUCUAAUAUAAGCUUACUCGAGCUUGCUGAAGUCUUGGAAGCAAGUUUAGAAGAGGAGAUUAAAAAAGCAAAGUAUGCUUGUUGGAAGACACAAAUUCCAUUGAUAUCGUCUGCUGCUACGUUAUCACAAACAUUAUUUCCGAACUCGAUAAGGCUUUGA